ACGCCGUCAUUCCGCUCCUAGUCGUUGGUCAGCCACCGUCCGUCAACACAUUUUUCAAAAGUUGCCAUUUUCUAUUUGCGUUUGCAUCGCAAAUCCUAUAAUUUCUUAUAUUCUUAUUUGUUAAUCGUCGUUAGAAACGACAUUCACAUCGAAAAGAAACUACCAUGAAGUCAGUCGUUAGUAUUUUGGUCUUGAUCGUGGCCUGCGUCCGUUUCACCUCGGCUGCCAAAUGCUCCGAUCACAUCCUGUCGUUGAAAGCCGAUUAUUUUAGCGAAGAUGAUGGAGGCAUUUACGAUAGUACCGCCUGCUCGGCUUCCUUCAGCAAUUUCUUUAAAUACACACCCCAAGUUCAUGGCUUGAUUAACGAACACAUCGCGCAGAGUUUCAUCUAUUCCAUCAUGUCGAGCCAUUUCGAGACGGACUUCGAGAACCGUUUGGGAUUCAGCAAGUACAUGGAUAGCCUGGCCGAUACCAUGUGGCAACAUGCCAUUAGUCUGAUCAAGUAUGCUGGAAAACGAGGAUCGGGCGUGGCUCCAGUUGAUACCAGCAACGGUCUUUCCAUCAAAAACUUGAACAAUGGUAUUAAGCCAUGGACAGAAAUAGAAGCUUUGGCAUUGGCCCUCGAUCAUCACCAAAUGUUGGCCGUCAAGGUCCACCAACUGCACAAUUCCGCAAAGGAUGCUGCCUUUGGCGAUUUCCUGGAGAAUCAGUUCGCGUCCGAUCACGUCAGCCGAAUUCGCGAGUUGUCUGGACACUUGACUAACCUCGUGCCGAUGAUGCAAGAAGAAAGCAGCAAAGAUUUGGCACUUUACCUCUUCGAUCAGUCGUUGGUUUAAAGA